AUGAUCACUCUUGAGGAUAAGGCAGCUAAGCAAGCCCAAGCUCUUGAAACCGAAAGUGGACACUGCUAUGAUUUACUGGCGAAUGGAAGUAGAAAUACAGCAGCUACAGAGACAACAUCUUCAGGAUUCUCAGCCAGGUUUAUAGAAACAGGUGGUUGGUUUUGUGGUAAACUGGCUUCGCACCAUUACUUUACCAGAUUUAAAGGUAGUACAGAAAUGUCGUCAGAAAUGACCCUACCAACAAUCCCUAUUUCGGAAGAUAGCCCACUCUUAGGCGUCCCGGCCUUAGAGUCCGCAGUGGCCGAAGAAAACAGAAUCUUACGUCUGAGGCCCGCAGUCCCAAGGCCUAUGUUUGAUCCAUCAGCCUUCACUUAUCAAACUCCUACUUACCAGCCAGAAAUUUCUCCAUACUCCGCAUAUGCUUACCCUCAGCCACCACCAUAUGAGUUUACAUCGGGGCAAGACAAAACCCCUAAAGCCCCAGAGCAAGAUGAGAUGGCCAGGAGAAUGAGGAGCCUUGAACAGAGCUUAAAGAACAUGCAAGGUUUAAGCGGGCCAAAGAGUGUCUCUUAUACAGAUUUGUGUAUGUUUCCGCAUUGGCAAAGAAGAAUUGUUGAUGGCAUAUUUUGGGGAAAGCUUAAUCGGCAUAGCUUCAGAGUGGUAUAUGGAUCAGGACAUAUCUCGAUGGCACAUUUGGACGUUCUUGCCAGAGAUUUUGUUCGACAAUUUCAGUACAACAUAGACAUUGCACCGGAUAGGAAUUCUUUGACAAAUCUAAGGAAAAAGCCCUCAGAAAGCUUAAGAGAAUAUGCCAUUAAGUGGCGCGAACAAGCAUCAAGAGUGAAUCCUCAAAUGGAUGAGGUAGAGAUGGUCACUGUCUUCUUGCAAGCCCAAGAGCCUGAUUACUUCCAGAAUAUGAUGUCGGCCAUAGGAAAGCCUUUCGCAGAGGCAAUUAAAAUCUGGGAAAUGGUAGAAAAUGGUUUAAAAACGGGUAGAAUCUUGAGCCAGUCGGCCAUAAGAGCGACCUCCCAAGCCAUCCAAGGCGGGUCUGGAGGAAUGUCCAAAGGGAAAAGGAAAGAAGAAACGGUCAUGGCAGCGUCAGGAGGAAGGAGAUACCAGGAUCAUAGACCGGUGUUCUCCGAAAGAAUACCUCAACACUAUUAUCCUCACAAUGAUAUGGCCUACGCUCCCUCACCUUAUGCGGUCAUGAAUUCUCAACCUUUUGGCCGACCGCAACCACAAGCCAACCGAAAUUCACCUCCAUUCCAAAGAAACCAACCUCCUUACCAGAACCAAUAUAAUCCCCGACCACUACAAAAUAACUUUCGCCCCCGGGAACCAUCCAGGAGUCCCAACUUUACACCAAUCGGUGAACCCUACUCCACCAUGUUCCCUAAGCUUGUCCAGAUGGAUCUGCUGCAGCCUAUUCCCCAAAACAGGCAGAAUCCGGAAUCUCCAGCUUACCAACGAGGUGUCCACUGUGCUUAUCAUUCAGGAGCUGAGGGGCAUAGUACUGAUAACUGCUGGACCUUGAAUAAAGCAGUGGAAAAUUUGAUUGAACAAGGAAAAAUAGUGUUGAGGGACGAAGAAGCCCCGAAUGUGACCAAUAAUCCAUUGCCCACACAUAACAAUGGGUCGGUAAUCGGGAUGAUCUGUGAAGACAAAGAGUUCGAUCCCACCUUGAAAGCCAUAAUUGCUAUUGCUGAUGCAGAAAGAAAGCCUAAAGCAACCCCGAAGCAGGAGAAAGGGGGAAAGAAGACUAAAACUGUCAAGAUUGAACUCGAAAAGAAGGUUGAAACAAAAGCAGAGAUGGCACCUCCGAAAAAUAUGGUUCUCUAUAUUCUGCGAGGUCGCCAAGAAAAGCCAUUAAUCGUGGGUAUUCCAAAGAAAUUUGAAGUGAAAAAGGGAACACCAACGUAUGUGCCAAAAGGAGCCUAUGUGGUCCGGGGGACGAUUAAACCGCCUCAGCUGAAUGAGCUAGUGGUUAUCGGACGCGUGCCACAGAAGCCAAUAACGGACCCGCCUGCGGUGCCAUGGAAUUAUCAACAGACAUUCGUUACAUACAAAGGUAAAGAAAUCACGGGAGAACUUCCGGGAAAUACCGUCGCUAGGAAAUAUUCAGAUGUACAAGAAGUGAACAAUGCCACACAAAAGCGCUUUCCAUCCAAGAAGCCUGUAAGUGCUGAGGAGGCAGAGGCUUUCUUCCAGAAAAUAAAGAUGCCUGAUUAUGAAGUGGUGGAUCAGUUACGCAAGUACCCUGAACAAGUGUCUAUGCUAUCUUUGUUAAAGAGAUCUGCCGAGCAUCAAAAGACCCUAGUGAAAACUCUGAAUGAGGCGUAUGUGCCUGCUGAGACUUCAGUUGAACAGCUUGAAAGAAUGGCAGAAAGGUUCUUUGUUGUUAGUCAAAUUUCCUUUAGUAAGAACGAUUUGCCUCCAGAAGGAUCGGCUCACAACAAAGCUUUACAUCUGACUGUCAAGUGUGAAGGUUUUUAUGUCAAGUGA